UGCUUCAUCUUUCUUAUAGACUUAAAAUCUCCUCCAAAUAUCACUUUGUACUCCAAAAACAAAAAUAGUGAAUAUGGGUGUGUAUGGAAAGGUGGAAAUGGCUGUACCAAUCAGAGCUUCAGCUUCGAAGUUUCAUGAAAUAUUCAAGAAUAGACCUCACCAUAUCUCAAAUGUCUCUACUGAUAAAAUACAGGGCGUCGACCUACAUGAAGGCGAGUGGGGCAAAGUGGGCUCGAUCAUCACCUGGAGAUAUUUUCACAAUGGGAAGGCUCGAGCUACAAAAGAGAUCGUCGAAGCAGUUGACGAAGAGAACAAUUCAAUCACUUUCAAAGUAAUUGGGGGAGACCUUACGGAAAAAUAUAAGAAUUUCAAGUUCAACCUCCAUUGUAUUCCGCAGGAUAAAGGAAGUGUGAUUCACUGGUGCUUACAAUAUGAAAAACUGCAUGAUGCAAUUCCAGAUUCACAUGAUAUGCUGGACUUUUGUGUUGAUAUCUCUAAAGAACUUGAUGCUCACCUUUUGGAAAACAAUGGUGAAUCUUGAAUAUGCUGCGAUCGGCAUAGCACAAAAGAUAUCAAUACUCAUUUCUGGAGUGUCACAUAUAAAUAAAUUGGCUUCUAUACUCUAAAUUGGCCAAUAAUUCUCUAUGUAUGUUUUAAUCUAAAUAAAGCAUGUGUAUGUGUGUGAUGUACUUGGGGUCUCUAUAUUAAAUGUUAUCAUAAGUGGGAGAAAUAUAUUCUAAAUGUAUGGAUAUCCUACCCUUUGGAAUGUCAAUAUAAAUAUUCAUUUUCUAUUAA